AUUUGUCCUAUUCCCCAUGUCGUAGCCAUACCUUUUAGCUGCCCAAGACACAUCUUAGUACAACCCCGAUCAAGCCCAUCUCCUGCAACAUUAUACGGAAAACUUGGUUAUGGGCUGUUGAUCCUUCAAGCUCCAAUUUUGGAAAAAUCAAGAAAUCUGUGCUGAUGCCGCAAAUAUGAGUAAUUCCAUGCACUUUCCACUGAGACGUGCUUUCAUUCCCAAAAUGCCAUCCCCAUUCGUCCAACUCAGCUAGGAUUUUCAGCCCCCAAUUUUGGGAAAAUCAAGAAAUCUGUGCUAAUGCCGAAAAUAUGAGCAAUUCCAUGCACUUUCCACUUAGGUGUGCUUUCAUUCCCAAAAUGCCAUCCCCAUUUGUCCAACUCAGCCUCCACAUCAGAAUACCCAAAAAAAAACCUGAAAAGCCCAAAGAAAAAAAAAAAAAAUUUCUCACGUUUUUACACCAACUCUCUCAACGAAACCCAAAACUCCAUUUGCUCUUGUCCCUCCCGGAACCCUAACCUCUGCCUCGUCUUUCUCUUCAUCUUGAAAACCCAAAUCCUUGAAAGCCUAACCUCAUUUGUGUAAAUAUCGUUUCGUGGAGUUCCAUUCUUUUCGUUGGGUUAAUCAAUGUCUUGGUACAGUAUGUAAUCUGUUACUUUUUUUCAAGAAUUUCAGAGGUAGCUUUCAGGAUUUAACAAGACACAGCCUGGAGGUUUCUAGAGUUACUAGUGAUUGUUGCUCACCUCUCAAUCUUCCAUUGAUAAAACAUAACAAAGAGGAUUUGGAAAUGAUGAGCAUGAGAAGAACGAAGUUAGACAUCAGAAAAUCCUCUUUUUACACUUGAAGGUUAAAGGGAACAGAUAAUAAACAAGAUUACCAAGCAGACAUGUUCUCCUUGAUUUAUGGACUUUGGAAGUAUCUCUUCAGUAAGGCAGAGUUUCAUGUUCUUAUUCUUGGAAUUGACAAGGCUGGGAAAACAACUUUACUUGAGAAGUUGAAGGCCCUAUACUCGAACUUGGAAGGCCUCCCUCCUGAUCGAAUUCUUCCAACUGUGGGACUCAAUAUUGGUCGUGUUGAAUUGUCAAAUACAAAACUUGUGUUCUGGGACCUGGGAGGUCAGCCCGGUCUUCGUUCAAUUUGGGAGAAAUAUUAUGAAGAGGCACAUGCUGUGGUAUAUGUAAUUGACGCUUCUUGCCCAUCACGUUUUGAAGAUUCAAAAUCAGCACUGGAAAAAAUUCUCCGGCAUGAGGAUUUGCAAGGAGCUCCUCUUUUAAUAUUAGCAAACAAGCAGGAUCUUGGUGAUGCUGCAUCCUCUGAAGAAAUAGCCCGGUAUCUAGAUCUCAAAAAAUUGGAUGAAAGGGUUUACAUGGUUGAAGCUGUUUCAGCAUAUGACGGGAUGGGGAUUAAAGAGAGCGUAGACUGGCUGGUUGAGGUUAUGGAGAGAAGCAAGAGAACCGAAAUGUUGAGAGUUCGAGCAGCUGUGACGAGCCCAGCCACUGCUUAGAAAAUAGUAUAUCAACUCACUUGUGUCUUUCAGUGCUUCUGUAAACUUGUACAGAUAACCGGAGGUUGAGCUUUCAUCUUGCAUGAUCAAAUUUUUUUCAUACAUCUUUGGCUAGUGUUGCUCCCUUGUUGGUAUUAAUUUUAUGUGAAAUUGCUUUUAAAUAAGGGAUUUUGGGUGAAAA